AAGUAACUAGUCUCAUAAGAAAUGGAGAAACACCAAAGCAUAACUCCAAUAUUUAUCAAUUAACGUUUUGAUUAAUUAACCUUAUUUAUUCCCAUGAAAAAACUUGACCUUACUUCGUUUGUACAGGGGAAAUAACAAUGGAGUUUAAAUUUCUAAUUUCCCGGACAAUCCGCCUAAUCCUUACAACUACACUGGAGACGUGACUAGCAGCACAAUAUAUUCGGACUUUGGGACGAGGGUGAGGAUGAUCGAAUAUGGUGAAGGAGUUGAGAUCAUCUUCCAAGGAACCAACAUCAUCACACCUGAGAACCAUCCAAUGCAUCUGCAUGGUUUCAGCUUCUAUUUGGUUGGAACUGGUUCUGGAAAUUUUAACAGUACAACAUCACCCAAGACCUACAAUUUGGUUGAUCCCCCAGAAGUUAACACCAUUGGAGUUCCAAAGAAUGGAUGGGCAACCAUCAGGUUUAAAGCCGAUAAUCCUGGAGUAUGGUUUAUGCAUUGCCAUUUGGAAAGACAUACCAGCUGGGGAAUGGAUACUGUGCUCAUAGUUAGGAAUGGAAAUACCACAGAAACCAGCAUUCGCCCACCGCCUGCUCAUAUGCCUCCUUGCUCCAAGUCUUAG